AUGGGGUUCUCGCCGAUCCAAAGGGUCAGGAGCUUCUUCCACGACCUCCGUACCGCGCCCGAAGCCCAGUAUAGUACCCAGGCUGCUGCAACGACCCAGUACGCGGAGAUCGCAGUGCCCGAAAAACCAAAACAGGCAUACCACUUUGAUCGUACAUCGUGGGUCGUUUCCGAAAAGGAGUCCUGGGAUGACAAGCCCCUGCCGCCGAGGCCGCCAAAGUUCAACGGUCUCGACUUUGCCGUCAAGCUCGCCGGAUCGAAUUGGGCCUUUGGCUUCACUCUCUUGUUGCUUGUCGCCUGGGCCCUCUGGGGCAUAGUGGCCGGCCCCACGGAUACAUGGCAGGUUAUCUUACAGGAUACGUCUUCCAUCCAGGCCUACAUUUCUGCCACGCUUCUCCUGCGCCAGCAGCAGACGUCAUGCAGGGGCAUUCUAAGCCGAAUAUGCUGUCUUAUCUCUCGCAGCACGUCGCACGAGCGCAUGUUGCGAUCCAUCUCGACCAAGGAUUUGCACCAACUUAAAGUCAACAAGACGCCGCAGAAGACGGGAUUUGAGGCCUCAACUACGGCAAAAGGAACCAUUUUCAGCAAGAUCGCGGACGCCGUGGCCGCCGCCGCAGGCUCUCUGAUCUUCUUGGGAAUAUACUGGACAGGUAUCUUUGUCUGGGUGUUUUCCGGCAUACCACUGCAGUUCUCAGAUACAUGGCAGUUGGACGUCAACACGGCCACGGCUCUCCAGAUCACACUGACGACCAUGUUCCUGCAGAACAUUCGGAGACGGCACGACGAACACCUCGAGCAGUGCAUCAGGAGCAUCGAGCUUAUUGACUGCGAUGUUGAGACCAAACUGCGCCGGAUCUCGCGUGACAGAGAGCCCAACCCUGUCGUCAGCAGCGACGCUCCGGCGCUCAACAAGGCACAUAGGGCUAUAGAUAUUUACGCAUUCAUAGUGGGCGGAUCUAUUGGCGUCACCAUUUCCUGUGCUGUCUUCAUCCUUUGGAUAUCGGUAGGGCAGUCGCUCGAAUUCGAUGACAACUGGUGGUUGAUUAUUGGGACCUACACCGGAUUGAUGGGCUUCAUCGACGGCUUCAUCAUGAAGAACGUGGAUCAUCGUGAGACCGACUUGGCUAACCGGCAUUUCCAACGUCUGGCAGAUCAAGACCAUGUCCUGUUCCAACUGGUAGACAUCGAGAUGCCUGAGGUUCGGGAGAAGAGGAGGCUGUCCUUGAACCAGCGCCUGAGCACUGUUAUAGGAAAUUGGUGUGCCUCUACAGCCGCAAGCUACGCAGCCGUGCUAGCGGUUUUCUCGCUGAUCGCCAUCGCGUCUGCCAUGCAAUGGACUGAGACGGGUCAGUUGCUUUGCAACACGCCGACCAUGAUUGUUGAGGGCUUCUUGUUGAUCACCCUCCUCCAAGCGCAUAAUAUGGCCGAUGAGAAACGCAGAGAGACGUAUGACAGUAUCUUGAAACGUCGCUUGCUGUUGCAAAACUAUUUGACCAUCUAG